AAUUUCAAUUCUUAUGUAGAGCGGAUAUCGAACAAUUUGUGGAUGCCGAACGAAACAUAUCCCUAGUGAGGUCAGAGGUCAGAGUGGGUCAGGUCAUGCACUUUGACUACUCGGAGCAGAAGUACGUCUUCCCCAUCAGCGCCAGUCUCUACUCUCUUAUACCGGAGGUAUCGCCAUUUCAAAACAAACACUACAACGCAUGCGCAGUGGUGGGCAGCGGCGGUAUCCUUAGCAACAGCUACUGUGGGAACGAGAUCGACGAAGCAGACUUCGUUUUCCGCUGCAACUUCGCACCAAUCGACAAGUACAAGUCUCACGUAGGCUCCAAGACAAACUUCACCACCUUCAACCCAAGCGUCUUAGAAAAAUACUUCAACAACCUUCAGACUAUCUACGAUCGGGCGAGGUUCUUGAACGAGCUGAGGAGGUUAAAGGGGGCUGUGCUUUGGAUUCCCGCCUUUUCUUUCCACGGGUCCAACAUGGUCACGAGAACUUUGACCGACUUUUUCCUGGAACACGAGAGACAGUUCAACCCAAAACUCAACCUGGCCUGGCCAGGAAACGUCAUGAAAUAUUUCAGCGAUUUUUGGAAAACGAAAGGUUUGUCCCCGAAAAGGCUGAGUACUGGGAUGAUAGUGUACACGCUGGCCACCAUGUUCUGUGAUGAGGUCCGGCUGUACGGCUUCUGGCCAUACUCUGUUGCACCGGACCACACGCCACUGUCUUAUCACUACUACGACAAAAAAGGAACGACCUUCACGAUGAAGUGGAAGCAGGCCCACCAGCUGCCCGAGGAGUUUACCCUCCUCCAACAUCUCCACAAACAGGGAGUCCUCAAGCUCACAGUGACGCCAUGCUCAUCCUGACGUCAUCAGGGUCAGGGUUCACAACGUGCUGCAAGUCAGGCGGGACGUGUCGUCCGGUGAGAUAUAACUUGCAGCCAAU